AUGUAUAUAUAUCCCUACUCUGGGGGCAUGAUUUCAACUCAUAGGCUUAUCUUUCUGGACGUCCGUUCCUCCCUUGUACCUGACAACCAGCCACUUGAUUCAACCAUGUCCCACUCCGGAGCCCAGGGCAGCAUUGGGAGCCACCCAGCCAUGGGGCUGCGUGCCCACAAAAUGUACCUGUUUGAGUUUGAGAACUUCCAGGGUCGUAUGAUGGAGUGCAUCACUGAGUGCCGUAACCUGUGUGAGAAGAACUUUGAGAGGAUCGGCUCCAUCAGGGUGGAGUGUGGACCCUGGGUGGGCUAUGAGCAGCAGAACCUGAGUGGAGAAAUGUUCAUGCUGGAGAAGGGAGAGUACCCCCGCUGGGAUACCUGGAGCAACAGCUACAGGUGUGACCGCUUCAUGUCCGUCAGGCCCGUUCGCAUGGACACCCAGGACCACAAGAUCUGCCUGUUUGAGUGUAAUAACUUUGAGGGCCGUAAGAUGGAGGUGUGUGAUGAGGAUAUCCCCAGUCUGUGGUCCUACGGCUUCCAGGACCGUGUGGCCAGUAUCCAGGUCACUGGUGGAACUUGGGUUGGCUACCAGUACCCCGGUUACCGUGGCUACCAGUACGUGUUCGAGUGCGGUGUCUUCAAGCACUGGAACGAGUGGGGCGCCCACCAUCCCCAGAUCCAGUCCAUCCGUAGAGUGAGGGACAUGCAGACACAUCGCAGAGGCUGCUUUGAGUGGACCGUCUAGAAGGGGCCAGGCAGGCGACGGGUCAUGGGCCAGCAGGACAGAGGGGAAGGGGCCUGGCUUGCCCUGGAGCUAACCAUCCCUGGGUCUGGAGCUCCAUCUUGGAACUCCACACAGCCAACAUAAGCUAACAGCGUACAUCACUGGCUCCACCUCAAUCACUUUUACAAGUAGCAACAUUCAGGGUGUGUGUACUGUGAUGCACAAUCCUUGAAUGAAGACAGUGCCACCUAAUGGGCAAAGGUUCCUACUGCAGUUCACCUGCAGCUGACUUCCACAAUGCCUGAAUAUAAUAAUACUGGUGAAAGUGAUAGCUGUACUCUCUGCUCCAAGACCUGAUGGAAUUAUAGCAUGAGAAUAUUUAUGAUAUUUAUGAUGGGGAUUUUAAUUGGAGAAAGGGAAUUAGUUAACAAAGAUUUUAAUAAGUUAUAUAACUUCAUUAGUUUGUGUUCACUAGUUUGUUUCCAUAUCUGCAAACCCAAUUUAUUUUAUACAUCUUAGUUGCUUAUGUGUUUCUUAGCUAUAUACCUAAUGAUGCCGAAUAAGCCUGUUCAUUACAAUGCUCUACCCUCCUGCGAUCUGUGAAUGAUUUUAGCGAGCAGAGAUACUACAUACUGCUCUCACUCGUCCCUAAGCUAUGAUGGACAGCUGCCAGCUCUCUGUGCUCUGUCCAUGC